AUGUUUGGCCCGUUUAGAAUCACGAACCCGCUGUCGGGCGGGCUGCUGUGGAAGAUCCCCUGGCGGCUGUCGAGGUUCCAGAAGCGGAGGCACCGGCUGCGCCUGCGUGCGGUGGACGGCGUCGUGGCCACGCUGCAUUCGGCGCUUGCGAACAAGGGACAGACGCUGGAGGCGUUGGAGCGGUGGAAGACCGAGAUGCCCACUGAGGCCGAGAUGCUGCCCAGGGACAAGUAUACCAUGUUUGACCGCAAGGCGAAGCGGUACAGGAAGGGCAUUCACAAGCUGCCCAAGUGGACGAGAGUGUCGCAGAGAGUCAAUCCGCCUGGUUAUUGA